AAUCAAAUCCCAAGACUUUAGUCGUUUUAUCCCACGAUCAUCGUCGCCGCCCUCAUAAACAGGGCAAGCGAGCAUAGCCCGCGACGUAGAGAAUUCUCACCAAAAGCAAGGAAGCUCAUCAAAUGACCCUUCACGACAUUACACCCACCAAACUUACAACCACCAUCUAACAUCUAGCGCUCUCUCAAUAUGUAGUAGCUUCAAUUGAACCCCUGCCAUGGCGGUCUCAUGUCCUGGAAGCUUGUUGAGUUAAGCUUAUUUCAGUGCCUAUCCCCGUCGAUCAGCCUUGCGGUGUGAGUCUCCCUCGGGUAGCCCUACGCUAUUUCAAGGCCUUGCUUUCCCAGUCAAGCCUUGAGACUGUCACUGUCGUCUCUGCUCGCAUCUUCUCUUUUGCCUUAGCACUUGCUCACCUCGUGCUCAUGGCCGAUAAACCCACUACCGCCCCCCAAACACCAACCAUCUCCACAAUGACCACCGCCGAAAAGUCAUCCUCCGGCUUCCUCAAAGUCAUCGCCUUCUUCGACCUCGUCGUCAAACUGGCCGCGGCGGGUGCGCUCAUAGGAAUUCUUGUUCUACUUGUGCAGUUCAACAACAACAUCGAUAAGCUCUUCAACGGGAGCAGAUCUCUCCCCGUUCGCGUCUCCGAUGCCGCGCCGCUGCGUAUCAUGCCCGGUUACUCGGGCACCUUCGAUGUUCGAAUGACGAAUAACGCGGCUGACCCUGUGUGGUUCAAGGUGGACAAUUAGACGGAAGACUAGACGUGUAUCAUGUUUCGGCGCUUCAUGGGAGUCGGUCUCAUUUCGGUGGGAGAGGGCGGUGGACGGUUCAUUUCAAGGCCUAUAGCGUGUUAAUGUUAUUCUGGUGGCGUGUUAUGGAUGCUUACCUGCGCUGAGACUUCAAUAACACAUUUUCUAUCUCGUGAUCAUGCUAAAUAGAUCCAGUCU